GAGGAUCCCACCAUCCCUCCCCAUCAGGGUGAAAAACUGAAAGACAUCAAAGUUGAGGUUAAUAACGAAGAGGAGAUGUUGAAGAGUGGAACUCAGCAGUCUAUGGAAGGCGGAGGUCCUCUAUCUUCCCGGGAUUCCACACAGGAAUAUCACAGCUAUACACACCAUGAACAUGAUGAAGAACUGAAAGACAUCAAAAUUGAAAUUAAAGAGGAAGAAGAAGAGAGGUUGGUGAGUGGAGAUCAGCAGUCUAUGGAGGAGGGGGAGAUGAUUAUGGAAGGUAAACAGGAGGAAUCUUCUCUACAUAUGGACACAAAUGGACAGUAUAUUUCAGAGGGAAAUUGUAUAUUACCUGCAGAUUUUAAAUCCGAAGAAAAUCGCUUAAUACAGUCUUCUUCAGGAGAAAAUUCCAUCACUAAAAUGAUACAUCACCGCUACUGUUUGAAGACAUCAAUGGAUUCCUCUUAUCCUGAGAAAUCUUCUGAUGAAUCACAUACUAUGAAUUCAGACAUCAAUCUCUGUUCUCCCAGUGUGGAUAGAGCAACAUAUCCAUCUGAUCCCAAGGACUCCUCAUUAGGUAAUGAAGGGAUUCACAUAGAGGAGAAUCCAUACUCGUGUUUGGGGUGUGGGCAAUCUUUCAGGAUGAAAUCCGAACUUCUUGUACAUCUCAGGUCUCACACCAGCGUGACCUUUUCAUGUUCAGAGUGCAGGAAAUCUUUUACUGAUGAAAAAGAACUUCUUUUACACCAGAAAACUCACAAGAGUGAGAAUACUUAUUCGUGUUCAGAGUGCGGGAAAUGUUUCACUGAGAAAAAAGGACUUCUAUGGCACCAGAGAAUGCACACGGGUGAGCGUCCUUAUUCAUGUUCAGCCUGCGGUAACUGUUUCACUAGGAAAAACGCACUUCUACAACACCACAAAAUUCACACGGGCGAGCGACCGUUUUCUUGCUCGGAGUGUGGGACAUCUUUCACCCGGAAAGGAAGCCUUACUAUACACCAGAGAAGCCACAAAGGCGAGUGGCCCUUCUCUUGUUCAGAGUGCGGGAAGUGUUUCACCGUGAAAGCCAAACUGCUCGCACACCAGAGGAGCCACACCGGCGAGCAUCCUUUUUGCUGUUUGAAGUGCGGGAAAAGUUUCACAUGGAGAGGAAGCCUUAAUAGACACCUGGAAAGUCACAAUGGAGAGCGUCCGUUUUCAUGUUCAGAGUGCGGGAAAUGUUUUAUACGUAAAGAACAUCUAGUUAAGCAUCAGUUUACACACGUCUGAUGAUACUGUUAAUAAAUGUAUAUUGGCAUUAA